AUGGCUACGCAUCACGUCCGCCACCCGUCGCAUCACUCUAAAAAGACGCAUCCAACCCACGCAAAGACUUCAAAGUCGGCUCCUCUGUCGAAACGUUCAGCUUCCCACGGAAGGAAGAGUAGUGCCAACGCCGUUCAGCACCGGGAAGGGACUGAAGACGAAGACGAAGAUCCGAUGGCAGUGAGCUUCCUCAACUACUGCACUGUCUGCGAAAAGCAAAUCAUCGUUCCAAGCAAUUCAGUUCUGUACUGCUCAGAAAGUUGCAAGAAGAAAGACGCUGAGAAGAGCCUCACACACUACGACUACUCACCACCAACAACACCGUUCACCAACUUCACCUUUGAUGACCUGCAUUACCCCGACAUCAUCCCGCAACGCUCGCCUACCCAGUCCCACUCCAAGCGCAACUCAUAUGCCUCUUCGGAAGGUUCCGUAGAUGAGGACUACCACCGCACGGACUUGGAUGCCUCCAACUACCUUCGCCAAUUCCAAAACAUCUCCAAUGCCACUGAUACCGUGCGACCCAUCCGUCCCCGCUUUGAGCGCGCAUCCAUUUUCUCAGCCAACUCUAGUGAUGCACCUUCCCUGUCGCAUACCCCGGCCUCGUCGUAUAGCUUCUCACUUCCCUACACCCCCUACACCCAACCUUCCAACAACCGACCACUCCCACCGAGGACGCAUGGCUCAUACGCAUCCAAGUCUAUCGAUCUCGUCACGCCCAUGACUGGUCCUUCGAGUCCUAAACACUACUGGCACAAAGCACCGCCCAUCUCGAGGACGUCGAUGAGCACCAUCGAAGGCGAAAUCAUGUACGCAAAAUCGCCGGUGCCGUCCUUGUCGCCCGCCAACGGGAGUCUUGGUCGGCUACUUGGGUCGACGCCCCGGCAAUGA